UAAUGUAAUAAGGUCACUCCCCUAUUGCAUAAAACAUAAGUCCCUCCCCAGAGCUUUAAAGGUUUGACGUGCCUCCCACGGUUUUCUCUCGUAAAUAGCCUAACUAACACUCCCCUACAACACACUCUCAGGUAAGAAACAAUGCUUUUGUUCGUUGUCGUCAGUUUUUCUAUAACACUGGCCGUUGUUCACACACGGCCGGUUGUGGACUCCACGUAUGUUGCUGCUGUGUACGAGCACAAUCUAAUCCCGGGGCCUCUUGGGCCCUUGUCCCGCCUCGCUGCCCUGCAACACAUGCAGAAAAGCCUGGAUAUCUACGAGGAGCAGGCUGCCCGGGCCGCUCAGCAGGGUGCCCAGAUCCUGGUGUUUCCAGAAGAUGGUAUUCAGGGUUUCGACUUCAGCCGUUCAUCCAUCUCUGGCUACCUAGAAACCAUUCCUGACCCCCAGCAGGAGAGCUGGAACCCCUGCACGGAGCCGGGCAGACACAACAACACUGAGGUCCUCCAGCAGUUGAGCUGUAUUGCCCGGCGUAACAACCUCUACCUGGUGGCCAACAUGGCUGAUCUGCAGCCCUGUCCCCUGCAGACCGACCCCUCCUCCUCCUGUCCCUCUGACGGACGCUGGCAGUUCAACACCAACGUGGUUUUCAGGUCAGAUGGCCUGCUGGUGGUGCGCUACCACAAACAAAACCUCUUCUUUGAGGAGGCCUUUGACACUCCGCCGCAACCCGAGAUCAUAACGUUUGAGACACCUUUUGCUGGGAGGUUUGGCAUCAUGAUCUGCUUUGACAUCCUGUUCCACGAUCCUACAAUUACUCUGGUGGAGAAGGGUGUGCGACAGCUCGUCUAUCCCACUGCCUGGUUUAACCACCUCCCCCUACUGGGCUCGAUCCAAUUCCAGCGGGCGUUCAGCUUGGGUGCCAAUGUCACCCUGCUAGCAGCCAACAUUCGUAAAGACAAACUGACACAUGGCUCCACAGGAAGUGGUAUCUACACUCCUUUUUCUGCCACCUACUACCACGCCCAGAGAGGAGACCCAGAGGAGGGCAGGCUGCUGGUGGCCAGGGUGCCAGUUUUAGACCCACUGUGGAUGGGGCAAAGUGUGGCCACGGAGGAGGGGGUUGUUAGGGCUGAGUCAACAUCAUCUGCAGCUACAGGCUCUGGAUUCUGUCAGCAGGAAAGCAGUUUUGAUUCUCAUCAUCCAGAAACUGCUUCAUCAGACCCUCCCUUCUCCCCCACCUUCUUCUCAACCAUGGUUUACGACCAUUUUACAUUUGUCCUCCUAAACAAGACAGAGGGUGAGGUAAACGUGUGCAAUGGCACCUUUUGCUGUCACCUGCAGUACCGGUGGUCACCACAAGGCAGUGGUAAAGAGCUCUACGCAUUGGGAGCAUUUGCUGGAACACACACUACGCUUGGACGCUUUGCCCUGCAGGUGUGUGCAAUAGUCCGCUGUGCGGGGUUGGACGUCAGUUCCUGUGGACAGGAAGUGGAAGAGGCUGAGUCUAAAAUGGACUUCCUGUUGGAGGGGAACUUUGGGACCAGAUAUGUGUACCCAUCAGUUUUGGCUAGCAAGUUUGUGCUGGAGCAGCCAGAGCAUCUGGAAAGAGCUGCAGAUGGCAGAGUGACCAUGAAACACUCUAACAUGUCUGGUGGGCUGGUCACUGCCUGUCUGUACGGACGAAUGUAUCACCUGGAUAAUGAAUGAAUUGUUUUAGAAUAGAUGUGUCAGAACAAUAUCAGAUAUAUUUAAAAAAACUGAUGAAACAAAACAAUUGUUCUGACCUAGACUGAUGCUGUGUUUUCUGUCACAUACACACUGCAAUAUAUUACAAACAAAUAUCUUUAUUCAUUCAUUACUAAUUCUUUACAAACAUUGCACCAAGUAGCAUGCAUCAUCUGUCUGAUAGUAGCUUGUUCCUUAAAAGUAAAUACAUAAACAUUUUCCUCUCCCACUCAUGCACACAUUUACCCGCUUUAACAGCUCACUUGAUCGCAGUGCUUGGUGUCAUAUUGUUACAAGGACGUCUGCACAACAUCUAGCAGUCCAUGUUUGAGCCAUUUCAAAUAGCGCCUCUUUCCUAUUGUAGUAAGAUACGAGCUACAAGUUAUUUUUCACCAAAAUGAGUCAUCCUCCGAGCUGGAAAAAUAAAAUUGGUAUCUGUGUACAGACGGCUGUAUACAAGGAAAGGAUAAAAUGUGUGACACCGAAAAGACAUACUACAGAAAUAGUCAAUAACUUCACUCUUAUACAGUGUAGCAUCACCAAAAAUCACUGUUGGUUCUACUACAACACUUAUUUUGGAGAAAUGUGCUUCUGCAUAACUUUAGGGAAUUAAAAUUUUCAAUAACUUCACAAUUAUUUAGUGUAGUUCCAUCAUAUUUAAGUUCAACCACCAAGGGUUUCCUUUUGGCUAUACUACACGACAUAUGUUAUGCCUUUGCCUCUUUUGAAUGGUCUUAAUGUUUUUCAAGAUAUACCAUUUUUAGGAAAAUUAGUUAGGAACCCACUGGUCAGUAGUCAAAAAGUGAUGUUUAUGCUGAAUAGUUUAUUGGUUCGUUACAGUCCCAAAAAGUAAAAAUAAUUUUUUAGGAAAUGAUUUGAACCUCCAUUUGUUUCUCUGUAUAUAUUUUUAGUUAUCAGUCACUCACUUUUGACAUGAAUUUUCCAGUUCUCUAAGUGGUGAGAAUCCACCAUACACUGGUAUA